UAAAUAUCUGUGGGUAGUUUAGUUUGCAGUCACAGCUGAAUUAUGGCUCCUUCAGUGGGCUCCUCAUUAAUGUCACCUGUCAGACUUUGUUGUUUGUAUCGCAGUUUGUGUUGGAGAACAACCGGGACGCUCUCUGCAGACGGCUUUGGUGACAGGAGUUUGUGUCCAGCUCAAGGUGCAGCAGCUCUGUGCAGACGGACAAACUCUCCGUGGUGGAAUGGGACUCGAGGAUUUUCCUCGCGUGGCGGCGGUGCAGCCGUGGAGCAGCAGACGCUGCAGCACAUCGCCAAGAACAUCAGAGAGCAGCGGUACAAGAGGGUGGUGGUGAUGGCCGGAGCUGGGAUCAGCACGCCUAGUGGCAUCCCAGAUUUCAGGUCUCCAGGCAGCGGCCUCUAUGAUAACCUGCAGCAGUAUGACCUGCCUUAUGCCGAGGCCAUAUUCGAGAUCAACUUUUUCCAUCAAAACCCUAAACCCUUCUUCGCCCUGGCCAAAGAGCUGUACCCAGGGAACUAUCAGCCCAAUCUGACCCAUUAUUUUGUACGGCAGCUUCACAAGAAGGGUCAGCUUCUCAGGAUGUACACGCAGAACAUCGACGGGCUGGAAAGAUCGGCAGGGAUUCCUCCUGCGAUGUUGGUGGAGGCCCAUGGUACAUUUGCCACCGCCACCUGCACUGUCUGCCUGAGGAAAUAUGAGGGAGAGGACCUACGACCAGAUGUGAUGAGCGGGACGGUCCCAAAGUGUCCCACCUGUAAGGGCGUGGUCAAGCCUGACAUCGUGUUUUUUGGGGAGGAGCUUCCACGGCACUUCUUCAAGUACCUGACAGACUUCCCACUGGCAGACCUCCUGAUCGUCAUGGGCACCUCACUGGAGGUGGAGCCCUUCGCCAGUCUGGCAGGAGCUGUGCGCAGCUCUGUCCCCCGUCUGCUCAUCAACAGGGACCUGGUGGGGCCGUUCGCGUGGCGUUGCCGGCCUCAUGACGUCGUGCAGCUGGGUGACGUGGUCAGCGGCGUGCGAGCCCUGGUCGAUGCCCUCGGCUGGACUCAGGAGCUGGACGCUCUGAUGGCGGCUGGUGCUGAGAAAGCUGCAACAAAGACAGACGAGUGACCAUUUCACUACAUCAAGCUGGAGGUUUGCACUCAGUAAUGAAAACACCAACACUGCAGGACUAAAUCCAGCUGACGUUUGUGCACACUGUUUUACUGGGGUUCAUGUGCUAAUACUUGGAUUAUUGGUUAUAUCAAUGGAAACUAACAGACUGGAAAAUUAGGAACUGCUACAAUGGAAAUGCAAUAAAGUAUUUCUGAUUCUGA